AUGUCGGACGCAGGAGAUGACGAGACUCCGCCCAGCGCAACUGUCUAUGUGCGCAACAUCGACGAGCGCAUCAAGGUCAGCACGGUCAUCGACUCGCUGAAAGGCAUAUUCGCCGACUUCGGCAACGUCGUAGAUGUCGUUGCGAAGAAGAGCCUGAAAAGGAAGGGUCAGGCAUUCGUCAUCUACGAUUCGGUCGACUCGGCGCAAGAGGCUAUCGACGAUCUUCAGGGCUUUGAGGUCUUCGGCCAACAGCUGCGCCUCGAGUUUGCCAGGACGAGAUCGGAUGCAACUGUGCUGCGGGAGGAUGGGGAGCAAGGACUGGAGACACACAAGAAGCACCGCCUAGCCGAGAAAGAACGCAAACAAGCCGCCGAAGCGGCCGAAGCAAAAGCGGCGGCCAAGCGUCCAGCGCCCGAAGGUCUCGCAGAACGCCCUGCCAAGACCACGAAACCAGCCCAGGACAAUGUCGUCCCCGACGAGUAUUUACCCGUCAAUAAGAUCCUGUUCUUGCGCGAUCUGCCAGAAGACUACGGUAGCGAAGCACUAUCUGCAAUCUUUGGUCGCUAUCCAGGGUUUAAGGAACUCCGUAUGGUACCGGGAAGAGCAGGAAUUGCCUUUGUGGAGUACGAGAGUGAGGAUGGGGCGAUCAACGCGAAGGAGGCGACGAACGGCAUUACUUUGGGAGAACAGGUUAUCAGGGUCACGUACCAGAGGCAGUAG